UCAGAAUGCCCAUGUCUCGCAUCGAAAGGAGACUCACCGAUACGUUGGAUUAUAACUCGACAUAUAAUCCAACGAUGAAAAAGAAGUAAACAUAAAACAAGCUAAAUAAACCAAAAUAAAGAAGGGAAUCUGGAAUCGUGGCGGUCGUGGGUUUUUUUGCCGUUAGAAUCUCUAACCUUUCCCUCGCCAUUCCCCCACUUUCCCAUAUAUCAACUCAGAAAGGAAGAGAAAUUUUUUAUUUGAUUAAAAAUGUGUAGAUUUUGAGGUACGAGUAAAAUGGAUUUGUGACGUCAACAGCGACGACACUCAAUCUCUUGCUUCUUCUCCAGAAACAAACGCAAGGAAGAAAGGAAAAGAUUGUUGCUUUCUUCUUUUCCAGAAAUCCCAUUCUUGGAUUUUUCCAGUAAUUAUUUUCUUGGUCUUUGGUGAAGGAGAAGAGAUUGUACAUAUGGUUGGCUUGGAUAUCAGUAUCUGUUCUGUUUUCAUACUUUUCUAAACCCAUUUAUAUUAUGCAACUUGAAGGAUGGGAGAUCAUUUUGUGUUACUGGUAGAUCGGUUGCUAACUGAAUCCACCCUUGAAGCUGCUAUUGAGAGCAGAAACCGCUGGCAGCAAGCCACUCCAUCAGCAAGCCAAGUUAACAUCACUGAAUUUUCACCCCAGGGGAUGGAUUUAGAUUUUAGGUCAUCUUCAAGAAAAUUGGUAGAGUGUAGGAUUUGUCAUGAUGAGGACGAAGACUCAAAUAUGGAGGUACCAUGCUCUUGUUGUGGAAGCUUGAAGUAUGCUCACCGCAAGUGUGUACAGAGGUGGUGCAAUGAGAAGGGUGAUACUGUCUGUGAGAUCUGUCACCAGCAAUUUAAGCCAGGUUAUACAGCACCACCUCCUUUGUUUCAUUAUGGUGGCGUUCCUAUGAACUUCAGGGGAAAUUGGGAGAUAACCAGAAGGGACUUAAAUAAUCCUGGAUUUAUAGCAAUGGUUACCACAGACCAUGAAUUUAUAGAUUCUGACUUUGAUGAGUAUUCAGCUCCCUCUCCCAGAAGCCUGAUGUGCUGUCGGAUUGUUGCUAUUAUUUUUAUGAUUCUUCUGGUCUUACGCCAUACUCUUCCAAUCAUUAUUAGUGGAGCUGGAGAUUACUCAUCUACAAUGUUCAUGUUACUGAUAUUGAGGACCAUUGGGAUUCUUCUGCCCAUUUAUGUUAUGGUCAAGGCCUUCACAGCUAUCCAGCAUCGCCGUCAACAGCAGCAUCCACGAUUCUCGCUUGCUGCAUCAGAUGAAGAAAAUGAGUUGCCACAGCUUCAGCCUCAGUCGCGGUUUAUUCACGUUCAGUGAAUAAACCGCAAAGUGUACAAGAUGAGGGAAUCAACUUUCAGUUCUUGCAGUUUCCAUUUGCUGCUGAAGAAAGCUGCUGCAUUAUCACCAUACCAAGUGAGCAGACUUGCUUUAAUGUGGCAAAAAUCAACAGGAAUUUAUGUUGCAGUAAAAUCAGCAUAUCAUCAUCCGAGUAUGAAAAGUAUGUACAGAUAGUUUAGGCAGUAAAUGGAAACUGCUGCUUAUGAGAAGUGGAGGGCAGAAAUGAAGAAAGAAUAGGAUGUUUAUUGUCAGAAGAUGAAUUGAAACAUGUCAACUUACAUAUAUAGUUCAUAUGAUGGGGAGUGUUUUCUGUCUUAAAUGUGUCAAUGUCAGCUUUUAUAUAAAGUAAUCAUCAUAUUGUAUCUCUACAAAUCAGUGAUUUUAAUUUAAUUUUAGUGAUUUUUUUUACAA